CGCUGAUCACGUGUCUAAAGCGGAAGUCUCGUUUUAAACAUCUUGACCUCAGAAGCAUGAGAAAGGCAUGCUUAUAGGAUUAUUUUUCAGUGGGUUGUUUUACUUUAAUUCCUGUAAACCUUUAUUUUUUUAUUCCUUAUGGAUGCUAAUCUGUUGCAGUGGAAAAACAAAGGCCAGUCUUUGCUCAGUAGGUUGAAGACUUGGGUUUACCUCCUGGAUCCAUCCCUGCUGCUCUCCUCUGAUGCUGAAAUAUUGAAAGCCCAUUCUCUCAUUGGAAGUACAGAGAAGCUGGAUGAAAAGGAUGAAGUGGCAGUGAACCUCUCACUUUCUUCUACCCACACUGGUACCGGUGCGGUUCUUCCACUUUUUUUCCGCCCUCCAGCAUAUCUACCGAUAUCAGGACCUUUGAUCGUUGCGAGUCUUUUGCCUCACAGGGGAGUCAAAGUGGCGCUGUUCUGGCAGUUUUUGGUGCAGAGUUACAACGCUGGGUUCAGCUACGUGCACAGAAACUCUUCAACAGAGAAGGAGAAGAAGACGUCACUACAGCAGCUUCUGCUCAUCGUGGGAACCGUUUCCUACACGACGUGUGCUGGGGCUCUUCCUCAGAUUUUUAUCAACAGACUCAGCAUAAGAAGCGCUCCGUUGCAGACGUUCUGCAGGUCGAUUCUCCCCAUUCCGCUGUCAGCUGCUCUGGCGUUCUUCAACGUUUUCGUCAUCAGACACCAGGAAACAGAAACGGGGAUCCAAGUGUUCGAUUGUAACGGAAACCCUGCUGGCGUCUCCAAAGCAGCAGGGUCAAAGGCCGUGUGGGAAACUGCGCUGUCGAGAGCGGUGCUGUUUGGGACGACUGCUGCCGUUUCUAAUCUGCUGGUUUUAUUCCUACAAAAGAGAAGAUUUUUCCAGAGGAACGCUCUGCUGAUGGCACCGUGUCGCCACAUCAGCGUGGCGCUCGUCCUCGGAUCGAUGAUCCCCGUCUCCUUCAGCCUCUUCUCGCCGGCGGGAACGAUAAACCGGGACAGCGUGGAGGAGGAGCUGCAGGCCGGAGCGUCGGGCCAAACGUUGUUCUACCACAGAGGACUCUGAGGAGCAAAACCUCAGGAAACGUCUCAAAUUUAAUUUAUUAAACCAAGUCAUUUCGAUAUUAACUUUAUUCAGUCGUUAUAUCAGGUAUCUUUUAUACCAAACAUUUUAUUUAAUCAUAAAAAUACAUUUGCUUUGAUGUUGCAUGAAUUUUAAAAUGUAAAUCCUGCUUUCUUAUUCAAGAGAAUGAGGCAAAAAAAUUAUCUGAUUUUGCUGAAAGAAUCAACAAUAAAACAUUAAUAACCUGAACAGUAAGUUGUGUGAAGCAGUAAAAUCAACAGUGCAGUAUGUAACAUUUAUAAAAAUGUUCUUUACAAAUUUGUUAAAUCCGUCACUCUGUCAGAUAAGCAGCUGCUUAAAGCCCCCAAGAAAUGUAUGUUGUUACGCAAAACAUGCAUAAUACAUAAUAAAAUAACACUGAAUAAUAAAAAAUAAAAACAAUUGUUA